CUUCCUCUUCCGCUAACUUCCCGGCAGCGCGCAGCUCAGGGUGGGGGCCCCGAGGGCUGGGGCCGCCGGCUUCCCCCUGGGGUUCCCCCGCUUCGGAGAAAGUCAAGCGUUAGGCGCAGCCAAAGCCGAGCUGCAGCGGAAGCUCCCGGCCCAGGGUGGCGCUGGGUCAGCAGGUACCUUCUCGGCGGUCCCCUAGCCGGCCGAACUCGCGCCUGGUGGCCUGUCGCCCCGCUCCCUGCCCUGAGUGAGCCUGUCCCCUCUCAGGGGCGCGCCCGAGUCGCUCCGGGUUGGCUGCGCCAGAGUUAAACUUUCAGCCAAUGAAAAAGGGCGCGAGGCGUGACGCACGGAAACGUCAUGGGAAUUCCCCCCUCCGGGGGGCCGAGAAGGGGCUUUCCCGGCCCCGAGCCCUGCUGGCCCGCGAGGUGUCGCGACCGGUCCCAGGUGGGUCGGGCGCGGAGAGAAGCCGCAACCGGAGCCGCCGCCACGGCGGGCGCCUAAAAUUCUGGGAAGCAGAACCUGGCCGGAGCCACUAGACAGAGCCGGGCCUAGCCCAGAGACAUGGAGAGUUGCUACAACCCAGGUCUGGAUGGCAUUAUUGAAUAUGAUGAUUUCAAAUUGAACUCCUCCAUUAUGGAACCCAAGGAGCCAGCCCCAGAGACAGCUGAUGGCCCCUACCUGGUGAUCGUGGAACAGCCUAAGCAGAGAGGCUUCCGAUUUCGAUAUGGCUGUGAAGGCCCCUCCCACGGAGGACUGCCCGGUGCCUCCAGUGAGAAGGGCCGAAAGACCUAUCCCACUGUCAAGAUUUGUAACUACGAGGGACCAGCCAAGAUCGAGGUAGACCUGGUAACACACAGUGACCCACCUCGUGCUCAUGCCCACAGUCUGGUGGGCAAGCAAUGCUCGGAGCUGGGGAUCUGCGCCGUUUCUGUGGGGCCCAAGGACAUGACUGCCCAAUUUAACAACCUGGGUGUCCUGCACGUGACUAAGAAGAACAUGAUGGGAACUAUGAUACAAAAACUUCAGAGGCAGCGGCUCCGCUCUAGGCCCCAGGGCCUUACGGAGGCCGAGCAGCGGGAGCUGGAGCAGGAGGCCAAAGAACUGAAGAAGGUGAUGGAUCUGAGUAUAGUGCGGCUGCGCUUCUCUGCCUUCCUUAGAGCUAGUGAUGGCUCCUUCUCCCUGCCCCUGAAGCCAGUCAUCUCCCAGCCCAUCCAUGACAGCAAGUCUCCGGGGGCAUCAAACCUGAAGAUUUCUCGAAUGGACAAGACAGCAGGCUCUGUGCGGGGUGGUGAUGAAGUUUAUCUGCUUUGUGACAAGGUGCAGAAAGAUGACAUUGAGGUUCGGUUCUAUGAGGAUGAUGAGAAUGGAUGGCAGGCCUUUGGGGACUUCUCUCCCACAGAUGUGCAUAAACAGUAUGCCAUUGUGUUCCGGACACCCCCCUAUCACAAGAUGAAGAUUGAGCGGCCCGUAACAGUGUUCCUGCAACUGAAACGCAAGCGAGGAGGGGACGUGUCUGAUUCCAAACAGUUCACCUAUUACCCUCUGGUGGAAGACAAGGAAGAGGUGCAGCGGAAGCGGAGGAAGGCCUUGCCCACCUUCUCCCAGCCCUUCGGGGGUGGCUCCCACAUGGGUGGAGGCUCUGGAGGUGCAGCUGGGGGCUAUGGAGGAACUGGAGGAGGUGGCAGCCUCGGUUUCUUCCCCUCCUCCCUGGCCUACAGCCCCUACCAGACCGGCACGGGCCCCAUGGGCUGCUACCCGGGAGGCGGGGGCGGGGCGCAGAUGGCCGCCUCGGUGCCCGGCAGGGACUCCGGGGAGGAAGCCGCGGAGCCGAGCGCCCCCUCCAGGACCCCCCAGUGCGAGCCGCAGGCCCCGGAGAUGCUGCAGCGAGCCCGAGAGUACAACGCGCGACUGUUCUGCCUGGCGCAGCGCAGCGCUCGGGCCCUACUCGAUUACGGCGUCACCGCGGACGCGCGCGCGCUGCUGGCGGGACAGCGCCACCUGCUGACGGCGCAGGACGAGAACGGAGACACACCGCUGCACUUGGCCAUCAUCCAUGGGCAGACCAGUGUCAUUGAGCAGAUAGCCUAUGUCAUCCACCACGCCCAGCACCUUGGCGUCGUCAACCUCACCAACCACCUGCACCAGACGCCCCUGCACCUGGCGGUGAUCACCAGGCAGACGAGUGUGGUGAGCUUUCUGCUGCGGGUGGGUGCAGACCCAACUCUGCUGGAUCGGCAUGGAGACUCAGCCAUGCAUCUGGCGCUGCGGGCAGGCACUGGUGCCCCUGAGCUGCUGCGUGCACUGCUUCAGAGUGGAGCUCCUGCUGUGCCCCAGCUGUUGCAUAUGCCUGACUUUGAGGGACUGUAUCCAGUACACCUGGCGGUCCGAGCCCGAAGCCCUGAGUGCCUGGAUCUGCUGGUGGACAGUGGGGCUGAAGUGGAGGCCACAGAACGGCAGGGGGGGCGAACAGCCUUGCAUCUAGCCACCGAGAUGGAGGAGCUGGGGUUGGUCACCCAUCUGGUCACCAAGCUCCGGGCCAACGUGAAUGCUCGCACCUUUGCGGGAAACACACCCCUGCACCUGGCAGCUGGACUGGGGUAUCCGACCCUCACCCGCCUCCUUCUGAAGGCUGGUGCUGACAUCCAUGCUGAAAACGAGGAGCCCCUGUGCCCGCUGCCUUCACCCCCUACCUCUGAUAGCGACUCGGACACUGAAGGGCCUGAGAAGGACACCCGAAGCAGCUUCCGGGGCCACACGCCUCUUGACCUCACUUGCAGCACCAAGGUGAAGACCUUGCUGAUAAAUGCUGCUCAGAAUACCAUGGAGCCACCCCUGACCCCGCCCAGCCCUGCAGGGCCGGGACUGUCACUUGGUGACACAGCUCUGCAGAACCUGGAGCAGCUGCUAGAUGGGCCAGAAGCCCAGGGCAGCUGGGCAGAGCUGGCAGAGCGUUUGGGGCUGCGCAGCCUGGUGGACACAUACCGACAGACGGCCUCGCCCAGCGGCAGCCUCCUGCGCAGCUAUGAGCUGGCUGGUGGGGACAUGGCAGGUCUGCUGGAGGCCCUGUCUGAUAUGGGCCUAGAGGAGGGAGUGAGGCUGCUGAGGGGUCCAGAGACCCGAGACAAGCUGCCCAGCACAGAGGUGAAGGAAGACAGUGCAUACGGGAGCCAGUCAGUGGAGCAGGAGGCAGAGAAGCUGGGCCCACCCCCUGAGCCACCAGGAGGGCUCUGCCACGGGCACCCCCAGCCUCAGGUGCACUGACUUGCUGCCCGCCCCCACCCCCCUUCCUGGACCCCCUGUACAGUGUCCCCACCUAUUUCAAAUCUUAUUUAACACCCCACACCCACCCCUCAGUUGGGACAAAUAAAGGAUUCUCAUGGGAAGGGGAGGACCCCUCCUUCCCAACUUA